GGACGAACCCGGAGCCGUCGCGGCGUUUGUGAUUAAAUAUUCCAGGUGGGAGUGUGCGCUCCGCCGCUCGGCCAGGGGAAAGUGGAAGCCUGUGGCGGAGAUCGGCACAAAUGGCAACUGGUAUUGUAGGGUUCCAGUCAGCUGAAGGUGCGAGCCGAACAAAGCGCGGACGGUGAUGCAGGCGACCGCUGUGGGCUCAACGCUGGCGUCCCCGCUUCACUCUGAUGCUGUGCGUUUCGUGGCUCUUCUCACGCGCGUGACGGAUGCUUUUAUGCUGGAUGAAAACCACCAUUUAAUACAGUGUAUCAUGGAUUACCAAAGCAAAGGAAAAACAGCUGAGUGCACACAGUAUCAGCAGAUCCUGCACAGAAAUCUUGUUUACUUGGCCACAAUAGCAGAUUCAAAUCAAAAUAUGCAGUCUCUACUACCUGCGCCUCCCACUCCCAGCAUGCCGAUGGGUCCUGGAGGGCUGGGUCAGACUGGAGGGCACGGUCCAAACCUUAACGACAACAUGGCACCGGGACUUCCCCCCACUUCAAUGAUGCAGAGCCAAAUGAGCAACGGCCCCAGCCAUACCCCCAUGCAGCAACAGUCUGGUCAGGUGCAGUCGUCCAUUCCCUCCGCAUCCCUCAGCUUGCCAGGCAACAGCUACGGUAGCUCAGCUGCAGUCUCCGGCUACAGCCACGCUGCCCCCUCCUCCCAGGGCAGUAUGAUCCAGGGCCCCGGGCCCGGCUAUGGCUCUUCCUCCUCAUCUUCUUCCACAUCUUCCUCCUCCUCCUCCUCCUCCACCCGCAGCAACCUCAACAUGCAGUCCAACCAAGUCUCCAUGAUGCACCAGCCGUCUGCCGCCCCACACUACUCCGCAGCCCAGGGCGGAGGCCAGCACUACCAGGGGCAGCAGGCCAUGGGCCUGAUGGGCCAGGGCGCUCAGGGGAACAGCAUGUUGUCUCAGAGGCCGACGGGCUCCUACCGCUCCUCUCAGCAAGGAUCAGCACAGCAGUACAUGGGACAAGACGAGUUCUACGGAGAGCAGUAUGGACACACUCAGAGCUCCAGCGAGCCCAUAAACCAGCAGUAUUACCCUGAUGGUCACGGCGAGUACUCGUACCCGCAGCCACCGUACGGCGAGCAGGGCUACGAGAGGUCUUUCGAUGAAUCGUCCCAGCAUUACUACGAAGGAGGCGGCGCCCAGUACGGCCAGCAGCAGGCCCAGUAUCAGCAGGGCUCCGGCCAGCAGCAGCCCUUCGCCCAGCAGCAGUACUCCUCCCAGCAGGGCUACAGCGGCGCCCCGCAGGGCUACGGUGCCGGUCAGGGCGGCUCCUCCCAGUACUCCCAGUAUCAGCAGGGUCAGAGCCAGCAGUACGGCUCCUACCGCUCCUCCCAAGGAGGCCCGGGGCCGCAGGCGCAGAGGCCGUACGCCUACGAACAGGGUCAGUACGGGAGCUACCAGCAAUAAAGCACCGGGUUCACUCACGUCAGGCCGGCGGAUUCAAAGAGUUCCGUUAUUUUCUUAUUUUUAGCUGAGGAAGAAGUUGCUGCCGCGCUACAGAACCCUGUGACAGUCAGGGAGCGUGAAGAGUCCAGACUGGUGAUGAUUCGCUUCCAGGUGGACCCGACAGGACACUCAAACAGAGCAGAGUCAUUAGACAGGCCUCGGCAUCCUGCCUCUAUUCUUUAUUUCAUUUAAUUGCCUUUUUCCUAGCGUUAUCUCUGCGUUUAUUGACUAUUUUUGCCUCACAAGCCUCUUUUUUCUACCGCCUUUUGUUUUAUUAGUGCACAGAACAGCUCUGUGGCUCGGGAGACUGGUUGUUAAAAGCAAAUCAGCCUCAGAGGAAAUGUUCCUUGGUAUCUAUUUAAUAGACUUAAUCCAGCUGUUGUGUUCAUUUCUAGUGCAGACAUUAUAUGUUACAAUAAGGGAGUUAAUUUACUGUAUGAAGGUGAAAUGUUGGUCCUGAACCCCGACGUGUCGGGGGAAGUUGUUUGUAUUAGUCGAACUGUGAUGUGUUGCUGUGUGGUCUAACAUUAUGUGUUCUCACUCUCUACACGUGUCUUACUGAGGUGCAGUAGUAGACUAGGUAGCUGACUGGAGAUUUAAAGUGUCUGUCAUCGUCUCUGAUAAUCAAACAUUGUGCUAGUAUUUUACCCAUGCUGUCCGUUUAUCUGCACCAUCCAGUAUAUUCACUGUGCAGAGAGCUAAGAGGUGUCACACGCACCGACGCCCAUUCUGUAGCAGGUUCACGUAGGAACGCGUUUUUUGCCACUUUGUCUGCACUUUAUUUUGCAGUGACAGUGUAUGUAUUGUCUGAUAUUUUGUAUUGUAGUGCAAUUCGGGCUGUUUUUAAAACAAAACCAUUCUCCAAAAGCCAAAGUAACCCAGGAACAGAGCAGCAUCACCUGCUUCAAUAAGUGCAAUACACUCAGCCAGUAAUGAUGACGUUAGUUAUUGGACAACUUACACUCGUUUCUUCAUAUACAGCCAUGACAAAGACAGCGACUGGUUAUUGUGGGUUUUAGCUUAUUAAGAGAUGAAGACACAAAACCUUUCUGUUAGUGAUUCUUUUCAGCGAAUCCCAGAUGAACGUCUGUAUUAGGAUAUAUUUAAAAACGUUAACAGGGUAUAGAGGAUGAAUUUUCAGAGGAUGUACAAGCACACUAUCUAUCUAUCUAUCUAUCUAUCUAUCUAUCUAUCUAUCUAUCUAUCUAUCUAUCUAUCUAUCUAUCUAUCUAUCUAUCUAUCUAUCUAUCUAUCCAUCUAUCCAUCUAUCCAUCCAUCUAUCCAUCUAUCCAUCUAUCCAUCUAUCCAUCUAUCCAUCUAUCCAUCUAUCCAUCUAUCCAUCUAUCCAUCUAUCCAUCUAUCCAUCUAUCCAUCUAUCCAUCUAUCCAUCUAUCCAUCCAUCCAUCCAUCCAUCCAUCCAUCCAUCCAUCCGAAUGUGCAUACAUUAUGUUAUUUAUUAUUUAUUUUUUUAGGAUUUAUUUAUUUGAAAAAAGUGAUUCACUUAUCACUGUUUCUGUUUGUUUCAUAUGUAAUACAGAUUAUUAAUGAUACUGUAAGUGUGCAGUAUAUCUUGUAGUAACUCAACUUACCUCAAAGGGUAAAUAGCAUAACACAGACGUCACAGAUCUCUGCAGGGUUAAUCAAUAUUGGGAGAUUCCUGGCUGUUAAACAGCUACAUAACUAUGUACCACACAACAGUGACAAUCACAGGCUUCUCUAUACUACGAUGAAUCUGUGUCAGUGUUUCAUUGUACUGUGAUCUGAACAUGUAUGACAAGUCUUUUCCAGUUCUUUGUAGCGUGUCAUCACUGAUGUGGGUGGUACACCUUGUGUGUGUAUGUCUGUGUUGGCAUGUAGGUUGGAGUGAGUGAGUGAGUGAGUGAGGCUAAUCCAAAUAUGAAUGUUACUUAUCUAUUGUAAGAAUGCAUUGCCUGAUCUUUUCUGCUGUCUUUUGUUACUGUUUGUUAUAUAAAAAUAAACUGACGUUCACCUUU